GCGCGAUCGUUCCCGCGAAGAAGCAGACGAAAGCGAAAGCGAAAGCAAAAGAGACAUAACAGCUGGAACCGUUCGGGGGAUCGACAGUCGGGAAACAGUUUGUCGUAAUGCAGCAGCUGGUCCGGGUCGCUCUGACGCUAGGUCAACGCUCGGGCAGCGUUUGGAAUGCGAGCCGGGACAGGGGGAUUGCCAGCCUGGCAGCUCUCUCCGAAACACACCAGAUACUCCAGAAGACCUGCCGGGACUUCGCCAAUGCAGAGCUGGCUCCACGGGCCCGCCAGCAUGAUCGCGAGGGGCUGCACCCGGCGGAGCAGAUACGACGGCUGGGAGAACUCGGCCUGAUGGCGGUGACAGUGCGGGAAGAGUAUGGCGGCUCCGGACUCGACUACCAGGCCUAUGCUAUUGGCAUGGAGGAGGUUGCUCGUGGCGAUGCGGCCGUCUCCGUUGCAAUGGGCGUCAACAACCUCUUCUUGGGCGCCGUACAGCUCCAUGGAAGCGAGCAGCAGAAGCAAGACUUUCUGGUGCCCUACACCCAGGGCGAGAAGAUUGCCUUCUAUGCCCUGUCCGAGCCGGGAAACGGAUCAGAUGCCAGCGCCGCCAGCACCACGGCCAAGUUGGAUGGGAAUAGCUACCAGCUAAACGGCACCAAGGCAUGGAUAUCCAAUUCCAAGGAAGCCAGUGGCGGCGUCGUCUUUGCCACAAUCGACAAGACGCUCAAGCACAAGGGUAUCACGGCCUUCCUUACAGCUAAAGACGUGCCCGGUCUGUCUGUGGGCAAGAAGGAAUGCAAGAUGGGAAUGCGAGCCUCCUCCACGUGCCAGCUGGUGCUAGACGACGUCCAAGUGCCGCAGUUCCAGGUGCUGGGAGGCCCCGGCGAGGGCUUCAAAAUUGCCAUGCAGUCGCUGGACUGCGGUCGCAUUGGAAUCGCCGCCCAGGCUACGGGCAUUGCACAGGCCGCUCUGGAACUGGCCGUAGACUACUCCCAGAAGCGUAUUGCUUUUGGCAAGCAGCUCUCGCGGAUGCAGCUCAUCCAGCAGAAGCUGGCGGACAUGGCGACGAGGGUGGAGGUGUCCCGGCUGCUAACCUGGCGGGCCGCUUGGCUCAAGGACAAUGGUUUGCCCAUCACCAAGGAGGCCGCGAUGGCUAAGCUGCAUGCCUCCGAGGCGGCCACAUACUGCGCCCACCAAUGCACCCAGAUCCUGGGCGGAAUGGGUUAUACAACCGACUUGCCCGCAGAGAUGUACUACCGUAACGCUCGAGUAACGGAGAUCUACGAAGGAACCUCCGAAAUUCAGCGUAUUGUGAUUGCCAAUGCUGUGCUCAGGGAGCUGGGCAGUGAAUGAUCUUGUCUGCAUUUAUAUUUUAUUAAACACACUGCCUAUAGGCUACAGGGA